UGUGAUACAUUUGUUGUGUUGUUUCUUUUGCUAAAUAAUUUUCAAAUUUCUCUCAAAAAUGGAGAAAAAACCAUUGAACUUUUACAAAAUCGCUAGCGAGGCGCCAGCUCGCGAAAUUAAGCUGGAUGCCGAGAAGAAGAAAACCGUCGCUGAGAUCAUCGACUUUACAAAGUUUCCCAGCGAUCUUGCGCCGCCAGAACGUAAUGUCAAAAAAUCGGCAGUCACUGUGGCGGAUGAGUUAAACGCACGCCUCGCCAUGGUUCAGUUGCGACCAAAUCGCGCGCCGCGAAUUAAGCGUUUGGUCAGGUCACAGAUAGCGGAGCCGCAACAUAUGUAUAAAUACUUUUGCGUGUGUCCACGCUAUCAUCCCUGCUACGUGCCCUGCCAGCACACCGGCCAGAUUAUUAUCGAUCGCGAUAUGCUGAAGCGGGAAGAGCACACCUGCUUCCUGGCGACACCAAAAAAGAACUUUUUGUCACCGCUGCGGCUCAGACGGCCGCGAUACAUAACCAAGAAGAUCUAUGUGCCCAUAUGCACGGCCCGCAUGGAGCGACUGGCUAAUCCGCAUCCGAUGCGAGUCAAGGAUACAUUUACUUAUUUCAAACAUAUUCUCUCCCAACGUCAUCUGACGGCGCUGGAACAGCAGUUGAAACCCAAGCCUCCCGUUGAAGCGAUGACCAUGGAAAAGGCAAUGGAGUAUUUGGAGGAGGAGAUGAGACAACGUCGCGUCCAAAGACAGAAACACAGAAAACGCUGCAAGGCACUAAGAAACCUGAUUAUAGAGCGUCAACGCAAGCAGAUGAUGAAAAUUGUUUGCGUUCUCUUUGAGGAAAUGAAAGAAUUCCUUUUGAACGACCAGUUCAUCAUUGACGAGCAAUCGCCACUGUCUGCUGUGAUAUUGGAGCGCAUCCAGGAAUUUACGGAACAAGAGUUCUAUACUACAAGCAACUUGCGCGACUAUCAACGUAUUUUGGCCAACAAUCUCACAGUUUGGAUAAACAAGUUCAUAUCUAACUUGAACAUAUACAUGGCACCCAAACCAAUGCCCGUGGCGCGCUCAAUGCAUGACAACGAUGAAAGAUUUGUACCAGUAACUGACUUCAUUUCGCUAUCAGAAGAUAAUUGCGAAGAAAUGAUAAGUGAUUUGAACAUUGGCAUGAGUGAAUAUGAGGACUAUGAUGACGACUAUUUACGCGAUGUGGAGAAUCUGCCCUCGGAAGAGACGCUGAUUAAUUAACCAAAGCAUUGAAUGCCGUUACUCACCCUUCAGUUGAGACCAGCUAAGCUCCUUGUAGACACCAUUGCUAAUCACCUUGGCGCUAUGGUUCUUCAAUAUGUCCAUCGGCAUGGCACGAAAGAGGAAGUGCAGAAAAUUCUGUCAAUUAAUUAUAAAAUUUCAAGUUUUAACAAAUCAUUAGUAAACAUGUAGUGUCGGCUAAGAUCUCA